AUGGCAGAAGAGCUCCAACCGUCCUUGGAUACUGUCCGGCAGAUAGUACAGAAUACAGCCGGCCAGCCAAAUCCUCCAAAUCUAGUCCCGGUCUAUGCGCAAAUAUCUAGCGAUGUCAUCACACCAACCGGGGCAUAUCUGAAGAUCGCCGACCACUUCAAAUCCGAAUUCUCCUUCUUAUUCGAGAGUGCGAGCUCAGAAACGGUUGGACGGUACAGCUUUGUUGGAGCCAGUCCUCGAAAAAUACUGAAAACCGGCGAGGGACAUGGCCCGGAGGUUGAUCCAUUACCUGCACUUAAGGUAGAGCUAUCGAAGAGCCGAGUUGCGGAUGUACCGGGGUUGUCAUUGCCACCCUUGACAGGAGGCGCCAUUGGAUAUGUGGGAUACGACUGUGUGCGGUAUUUUGAGCCCAAGACUGCAAGGCCAAUGCAAGAUGUGCUCAAGGUCCCUGAAUCUCUGUUUAUGCUCUUCGACACAAUCAUCGCCUUCGAUCGAUUUUUCGAGGUUAUAAAGGUUAUAACAUAUGUCCAUGUUCCUAGCAAUCUCGACGAACUUCCGUCGAUUUAUGAAAAUGCGCAAGGGAAGAUCAAUGAGAUUGUCACUGUUCUGCAGUCCGAAUAUACCCCCUUUCCUCAUCAACCACCAAUCGAGCAAGAUCAGGAAAGCGUCUCGAAUAUCGGCCAAGCUGGCUACGAGAAACAUGUCACUUCUCUCAAGGAGCAUAUCAUCGCUGGUGAUAUAAUCCAAGCUGUUCCAUCUCAACGCUUUGCCCGUCCUACUUCGCUCCAUCCUUUGAAUAUAUAUCGGAAAUUACGGGCUGUCAAUCCAUCGCCAUAUCUGUUCUAUAUCAACUGCAAAGACUUCCAAAUAGUUGGUGCCUCUCCCGAGAUUCUUGUGAAAAAGGAGAAUGGACGCAUCAUCACGCACCCCAUAGCCGGGACAGUUAAGAGGGCACCACUGGAUCCAGAAGAGGACGAAAGGCUCGCACAAGAGCUUGCCAAUUCGCUGAAGGAUAGAGCUGAGCAUGUCAUGCUUGUUGACCUGGCAAGAAACGACGUGAACCGAGUGUGUGACCCCACAACCGUGAAGGUGGACCGUUUGAUGGAGGUGCAGAAAUUCAGCCACGUGCAACAUUUGGUUUCUCAAGUGUCUGGAGUCCUUCGGGAAGACAAGACGCGAUUCGAUGCAUUCAGAUCGAUUUUUCCUGCGGGCACCGUAUCAGGGGCACCGAAAGUCAAGGCGAUGGAACUUAUUGCGGAACUAGAAAAAGAAAAGCGAGGUGUCUACGCUGGAGCUGUCGGAUAUUUUGGAUAUGAUAGUGUGGACAGUAAAGGGAACGAGGUGGAAGGCGAGAUGGAUACCUGCAUUGCGCUACGGACGAUGGUUGUGAAGGAUGGCGUUGCUUACUUACAAGCUGGCGGAGGUAUUGUAUUCGAUUCUGUUCCUCACGAUGAGUAUAUCGAGACGAUCAACAAGCUCAAGGCCAACUCGACAACUAUAAAGUUGGCGGAAGCGGAGCAAACGAAGCUGUUGGCGGGCCAGAAAAUAAAGGUAUCGGCGAAGGAUGAUAUCAAGGCUUUAUCUGAAGGUACAGCGCAUGUCGACCUUGCAGCUGGAUAA